AUGUCCAGCCCCAUCUGGAACUUGAAUGAAAUUAAAUCUCCCUCUCUGCUCUCGGAAGUAGAACGCAACCUCCAGGAUGCCAUGCAGGUGUGCCACAAUGUUCUCCUGGACCCUCAGCUGGUGCCUGGGGGUGGGGCUUCUGAGGUGGCUGUGGCUCAUGCCUUGACAGAAAAAUCCAAGGCCAUGACUGGUGUGGAACAAUGGCCAUAUUGGGCUGUUGCCCAAGCCCUAGAGGUCAUCCCUUGUACCCUUAUUCAUAACUGUGGGGCCAGCACCAUCCGUCUACUUACCUCCCUUCGGGCCAAGCACACCCAGGAGAAUUGUGAGACCUGGGACGUAAAUGGUGAGACAGGUACUUUGGUGGACUUGAAAGAACUGGGCAUCUGGGAACCAUUGGUUGUAAAGCUGAAAACGUAUAAGACAGCAGUGGAGACGGCAGUUCUACUGCUGCGGAUUGAUGACAUCAUAUUGGGCCACAAAAAAAAGGGUGAUGACCAGAGCCAGCAAGGCGGGACUCCUGAUGGCUAGCCAGGAGUGAGCGGUGGCAAGGCGACCUCAACGCACAGAGCCGACAGUCUCCCCCUUCCCUGAGCCAGACUGCCAGGGACACUGUGGAUGUCUUUGUUUGGAAGGGAUCGGGUUGAGGGGCAGCUCCCGUCCCUUUCUGUCCCAGCUCAGUUUGCAAAAGGCACUGACAUGUAAUUCUUCUCUAUUGUAAGCUCUCCAUUUAGUU